AUGUAUCCUCUCAGCAACAAAGGAAAUCUGUCUGAACGCAAACUCGUGGUAAGUGACGUGCUGAGGAAGAACGCUUUUAAACUCUUUACAGUGGUCAAUCAACUCAGUUAGUAAUACUAAAUUACCCCAUUAUGCUCUCUCAUUGACGCAACACGAAAGUUUUUAGAAACUAACUCCCUUUAGACAUAUGUUCACUCAUCAGUAACCUGAACAUAUUCGGAUAUUUUGCUAGGGCCGCGAAAAUUAAUAUAUACAUGAUUAUCAAAAAUUUAAUUUUUCAGUUCUCUGUUUCUGAUUUUCGUCAAGUUAAAGCCGAUCAAACUAAUCGUGUUCUCCUUUGAGUUGGUAUAACAUUUAUGACUGUCCUUCAUCAGUGCGCUUUAAAGAAACAAACAAUCAAACAAACAAACAGAAAAGAAAAAAAAAAAACAAAACAAAACAAAACAAAACAAAAAACAUUUUUUCGAAGAAUGUACAGGUUUCUGCUUUUUAGUGAACGGAAGUCCAAUUAUCAAAAAAAAUAACCAGUCUUGACCUUAUCAUUACUUUGUAAACUUUUUUGUUCUUCUUAAGUUUGCGGAAAAUAAUCUUCUAUUAGUUAGUUCAUCGUUGUAAUAAUCUGAGGGUAUCGCGAGUAAACUUUCCCUGAAAUGUUUGCGAGAAGCAGGUGUUGUAUCGUUGGAAAACUAUUUCCCACGGUUUAAGUCAUAAGUGUUUCCAAUAGAGCCGAUUGGUGUAUGACGCUGAAAAUUAAAAAUAAUUCAUAUCCACUUCUUUUGUAAAUGCUUUUGAUGUCCUUGCUUUUAUCAUUGAAAAUAAAAAAAAGGGAAAAAAAAGCGUUGAAUAACUUUAGUUUGUUGAUUCUAUGCAGACGGUUUAGUUUAUUCAUACAAAAUUCAAAUUUUGAGCGGAAAGGUGUGAUCUGGUUUUGAUAAUUGUUUUAAUACAGCGUACUAUUUUAAACACAGAAAUUUCAAUAACAAGGCAAUUCUAUGGCUUUUUUGUCCGAUAGAAGUGAACCGGGCAAUAUCGCACUGUAAUCCUUGUUUGUCACAAAUGUUAAUUUUUUAAUGGAAGUGUGCGAGUUUACAUUUAAUGCAAACUUUUCGUGACAUGUUUACACUAAAUGCUUUUCAUAUGUCUACUUAAAACAACACUUUGUAAUUAAGUCUCAAUUUCAUGCGAAAAUGAUUAUAACUUCUCGAUAUUUAAACUCAGAUAGAGUCCAUUUCUUGGGCUCCUCCUGUUAUGUCGACCUUUCCUUAAGCUUAAAAAAAUAAGUGUAGGAGUCGUAAGCCUUUUUUUUUUUCGAUAACAGGAUGGUCAUGGAGUUUGAAUCAACUCAUGUAGUGAUCACUACCGUCCUCUUACUACUUGUCGAUAUUGACAUCGCCGACAAUAUACUUGUUUGUUUGAUUAUCAAAAGGAAUCUUCAAACGAGGUAUGUGCAGGAUGUGAAAAUCAUGAAACAAGUUCAUUUACACCUAAAUUUUAGAAAUAAAGGUUGAGAGGUCGUCUCUCGCACAGUUCCAUCCAUGUACUUUCGUUUCAUUAAGAAUUAAAACUCUCGUAUGUAUAGCUUUUUGAACACGCUCUUUUGCUUUAAAGAAUCACCAUCAAUUACCUGCCUGUGAACCUGGCUUUCUCCAAUAUUCUGUUCGCAACCUUCAUUACACCAAAGGUUAUCGUCAGCCUCAAUCUAAGGAAGUGA